UGUCACAUGACACUAAGCAGCAUUCAUUUCAGACCCGGGGUAGUGGUGGUGGCUGCUGGAAGAGCUGCAGGUUAGACCGAGCAGCAGUAAGAGGGCACACUCUUAGUGUCUGAGUGCAUUGAUGGCUGCAUCCUGGAGCUGCUGGGCUCUUCUGCUUGUAAGCAGUGGCAUCACACAUGCUUUGGAUGGGGGCAUGCUGUACCCUAGGGAUACCCCUACGAGGGAAAUGAAGGAGCUCAAUGGGAUCUGGAGUUUCAGGGCUGAUAAGUCCCUACAGAGGGAUGAAGGGUUCCAGAAGCAGUGGUACAAGAGGCCCCUCAGAGAGACUGGUCCUGUGAUCGAUAUGCCCGUGCCAGCCAGUUAUAACGAUAUCACUCAAGACAUCACUUUAAGAGACUUUGUUGGGUGGGUUUGGUAUGAGAAAGAUGUUAUUUUCCCAAGUCGGUGGGUAGAAGACAAAUCAUCAUCAAGAAUUGUGCUUCGUGUUGGCAGUGCCCAUUAUUUCUCCAUAGUUUGGGUUAAUGGAGUCCUGGUGACACAGCAUGAAGGUGGUCAUCUGCCAUUUGAAGCCAAUAUAACCAGUCUUUUGAAAAGCAGUGCCGAUUCUUCCUGCCGGAUCACAAUAGCUGUCAACAACACAUUAACACCACAUACUUUACCACCAGGGUCCAUCCAGUUUAUGUCAGACUCUUCUAUGUAUCCCAAAGGUUAUUUCGUCCAGAAUAUAGAAUUUGAUUUCUUUAACUACGCUGGCAUUCAUCGUCCUGUGGUUAUGUAUACAACUCCUUCUAUUUAUAUCGAUGACAUCACCGUAAUUACAGACAUUCAAGGAGACAUAGGACUAGUGAACUAUGAGGUUAACGUGGCUGGUUCUGACUAUUAUUCUGUAUCUGUGACUUUACGUGAUCAGGAAGGACAGGUUGCAGCUAUGGGUUUAGGCUCUCUCGGGCAGCUCAAAGUAUCAAAUGCAAACUUUUGGUGGCCUUACAUGAUGAGUGAGAAUCCUGGAUACCGGUAUACAUUAGAGGUUAAGAUGUCCACAGACACAGAGUUUAAUUCCUUUGUGGACAUAUACACUUUGCCAGUGGGGAUAAGAACUGUGAAAGUGUCUGAAACUGAAUUCCUCAUCAAUGGGAAACCUUUCUACUUCCAUGGCGUCAACAAGCAUGAGGACUAUGAUGUUAGAGGCAAAGGUCUCGACUGGUCUCUUAUUAUAAAGGAUUUUAAUCUGUUGAAGUGGCUGGGUGCAAAUUCAUUCCGCACUAGCCAUUAUCCAUAUGCAGAGGAGAUUAUGGAUCUGUGUGAUAAAUAUGGCAUUGUGGUGAUCGAUGAAUGUCCUGGAGUUGGCAUCAGACUACCUGAAAGCUUUGGAAACCAGUCUCUCCAGCACCAUUUAGUUGUCAUGGAAGAGCUGGUACGCAGGGAUAAGAACAGGCCUUCAGUCGUAAUGUGGUCGGUUGCCAAUGAGCCUGCAUCCCAGCUCCACCUUGCUGGAUAUUAUUUCAAAACCGUGAUCGCUCACACAAGAGAACUUGACCCCACUAGACCAGUUACUUAUGUUACUAAUGCGCGAUAUGACAAUGACCAAGGUGCUCCGUAUGUCGAUGUGAUAUGUGUCAAUAGCUACUUUUCAUGGUACCACGAUGCUGGACAUCUUGAAGUGAUUCAGAUCCAGCUCACUUCAGAAUUUGAGAACUGGUAUGAAACUCACAGAAAACCAAUAAUACAGAGUGAAUAUGGAGCUGAUACAAUUCCUGGAUUUCACAAUGACCCUCCAGUAAUGUUCACUGAGGAAUACCAAAAAAUGGUGCUACAGAACUAUCACUCUGUGUUUGAUGAAAAAAGGAAGAAAUAUGUAAUUGGAGAGCUCAUCUGGAAUUUUGCUGAUUUUAUGACCGUACAAGGGGUAACCCGAGUUGUGGGGAACAAAAAGGGCAUUUUUACUCGACAGCGCCAGCCUAAGUCCUCUGCAUUCAUUUUGAGAGACAGAUACUGGAAGAUGGCUAAUGGCACCACCUCCUUCAGCCAAAUGCCUAGGUAUUAAAUAUUACUCUCCUAACAUGUCAGGAAGUCAGCGAUGGGUAUGCAGGAAGAAGUAGCUGUAGAAUGGCUGCACACUUUUACGAAUGAUGACUGGCUUAUGGCCUCCCAUUUUUAAGCAACUCUUGUCCAAUUUGGGAAUUGUUUGUUAAUCUCAUAAAUGAAUAUUUUUUUUUUUUUAAUGAAUGUGCCAAAUCAUUACCUCAGAAAUACAUUGUGAGUAUGCACGUCAAUGUGUAUAAUGUUUACCUAACAAACUCCGUUACAUAUUUGUAUCCUGGAGAUACAAAGUAAAAGUACUGAAAUAAUUAUAAAAACAAUAUAAUUUAUGAAUCUGCCAAUAUCAACCCUAUCAAAAAUCUACGCUUUACCUUCUUUUGUGAUGAUUGAUUUAUUUGUUUUUGUUCUUUUUGCACUCAACAUAUCUUUGUAAUAAAAUAGCGUCUCGAAGAAAAAAAGUAUGCUUAUUUUCCUAAAUAAACAGAUUCCGUUUUUAUUACAUAA